CUGCUCUGCAGUGUGACCUGUCAAAAUUUGAGAAAGGCUCGACCAACGUGAACCUGGAAUUAAAUGCAAGCAAAUGCAAAGUGUUAAGAGUCACCCGUAAGCACAACAAAAUCGUCUACCCGUAUACGCUGCAUGACACCAUUCUAGGAAGCACGGACAGUGAGCGUGAUCUUGGGAUAUUAACUUCAUCUAGCCUGACUUGGUCUAAACAUGUCGAGUACCAGUGCGCCAAAGCCUCCAAGACCCUAGGAUACAUUCGUAGAUCAACGUUCGACAUCAAAGACAUCGCAGUUCGCCGCACUCUAUACUUGACUCUCGUUCGUACGCAGCUAUGCUAUGGUUCACAAAUCUGGGCACCACAAACCAUCAAUCUAAUCCAACGCACAGAAAGACUUCAACGACGCGCGACUAAGUACGUCCUGGAUCUACCCUUCCGUUGUGAACCUACAUACAACCAGAGACUUUCACGUUUAGGGCUUAUUCCAUUGAGCUACUGGCAUGAAUUUCUGGACAUGGUUGUGUUCUACAAACUAAUUCGUGGAAUCAUGAGAAUUGACGAACAUUUCCUGCCUCAACCAACAAGUGUCAACAGCCAAAGGGAAACAAGAUCAUCCGAUCCUGACCAUUUGUCAUUCACGACAACACGAUGCAAGACAACCACAUUCCAAAAGUCCUAUUUAAAUAGAUGUACCAGAAUGUGGAAUGUACUGCCAAAGAACUUGACAGGCAAUAACACCAGCCUUAGUCAGUUAAAAAAUGGACUUUUCAUGUACUAUAAAGUAGCAUUACAAACUGUCUACGACGUGGAUGAUCCAAGAACAUGGAAAUCAAUAUGUUUUGUAACAAGUCCCGUAAUCUGUCCUGUGAAGUAUCGUGUUGUUAUUAGACAAUAGUUUAAUGUUUGUGAUGUCGUAUCUUAUAUGUAAGGGCCGCUGUAAUUGGCGUAAGCUGUAGCGUGUUCCCUGCCAUUGUCCAUAUAUGUUUUUUCUGUGUUUUAAUGUUUAUUGGCAAAGUUAAAUAAAUAAAUAAAUAAAUAAAUAAAUAAAUAUACCUUCACACAAGUCUCCCUUGAAUCCCAAGACACAAGAACAUUCAAACUGCCGAUCAUCACGAUCUAUACAUGUCGCCCCAUUUUUGCAAGGGUUAGGAUAACACAGAGCUUUUUCUACAUUAAAUGAGAAAUUUGAGGGCAUGACUUUUAAUUCACAUAAAGACAACAGCCGUUAACAGGGCUGCAAAUAAUUACUUUACUUAGAAGGACAAAUGUCUGGCCAAGCCAAAAAUUGGUUGGAUAUUUAUCAAUUUUACCAGGACAAUGGAUAAAGUAGAAUUCUUCUCUUUUUUUUAUUAGCACCACGUAUUUUUUUGCCUGGUCAUGUUAGUCCUGCAAUAUAUCUAAAACUUAGCAGGUGUACAGCCUAGUCCCAGGCUCUCUCUCUAUUCGCUGCUUUGAUAUAUUUAAAUAAGUCUUAAACGUUUUAUGCCUGGGUGUGCUGUGCGGAACGCUUCAGCGAGAGAGCCUAGCAGAUUUCGGUAAAAUGGUCCCUGAUUUAAAAAAAGUGGUCCCUGGCCUGGUUACCAAGCAUACCUCAUUUGUAAAUGGAAAAUAUUAUGGAAAUUUCCUUUGCAUUUCUAAUUAAGUCAUUAGUUUUGCUCUAAUGCUGUCGGAACAAUGAAGUUGGCUACGUUUCGCUGCCAUACGGUCAGAAUGAAAUAACGGGCUAAAUAUGACUCGUGUUUACUAAAAUAUAUAGCCAUAUUAAAUGCUAUCUAGAAGCUUGAAAAUUAUGCCGAGUCUCCGACUAAGAAUGUUUUGACAACACCGUCAUGUCAGGCAAAUAUUUCCAAUCUCCUCAGCAAUUUAAACCUGUCAAGUAGAAAGCGUAGUUGUGUAUACCAGUAUGGUCUAGUGUUGAUCACAACUUGCGAGUACAUAAAUAACAUCAACGAUUGCUCAAACUCGGUAUCGUAAAUUUGUAUAUAAAUUUUUUUAGUUGAGCACAUUUUUAAUACAGUUUGAUUUGGUUAUGUAGACAUCGAACAUGUACAUGAUGAACGAGCAUUGCCGUAUUUAUAAUUAAAAGGUUACUUGUAUAUAUAAAUUUUCCGCCAUAUUAAAAAUACUGAAAUCUGCUAGGCGUUCUGAAGCACCUUGAGCGGUGACGUCACACCUAGGUCCCAGUCUCGUCAUGUGCUACAUCCACUUUUUUCUCGCGCUUGCUUCAGAACGACUGGGACUAGGCUGGCAGGUGUAUAUAUAUAUACCAGUCCCAGUGAAUCAGUAGAUUAUGGUUCAGGUUAAGUAGUAAUACGGAAAAAGGACCACUUUUUUAUUGGGGGGGAAUUUUUUCAUUUUACUAUAAGAUAGUAUUGUAAAAGAGUCGGGUGAUGCUGAAAAAAGAGUCGAAAAAAGUGUUCCCGGACGGGGGGACUUUUUUUGGGUGUGGUCCAGGGCGUGGUCGGGCGCCGUGCGCCGUGCGCUUGCGUGGUGUGCGUUGCGCAUGCGCGGCCGAGCUGCGACGCCGAAGCCUUGGUCGACCGUAAUGAGCGGGUUUGAAAUUGGCGCGCGACUUUAUCUCGGCCAAGUGGGAGGAGCUUCUUUUGAUCAAUUUCCGGCUGUCAAUCAAAAUGUUAAGAUGUUAAAUUUACUCACAUUUUCCCAGAAUGAUUGACAGCCGGAAAUUUAGACCCGAAAUUUAAUACUUCCUGUUGUCAAUCAUUGUGUUAAAAUGUUAAAUAAAAACAAAUAAAAAAUAAAACAUUUGCAAGCAUGGAUGAAAUUAACUGGUCACAAGAAGCUGCUUUCGAGGCAAAACGACUAAAAGAUUUGAGUAUUUACGUGAAUCAGAUGCUUUUUAUUAUUUCAAGAAAGAUUGGGUGGUGAAUUAUCGUCUUGGAGAUAUUGGGACGAAAUGAUUCAACCGCUAGAAAAAAAUAAACACGAUAUAUCACAUUUUUUGUUUACGGCCGAACGUUUGGGAACAAGCGGAGAAGAUGCUAUUUUGGAUGAUUUUAUAAACUACUUGUAUAUUACAUACCGGUAAUAUAUGAAAAGUACAAGCAAAUUGUGUUUGCGCCUUUGUAGUAGUUUCCACUUAUUUUUGAAGUAAUUUGAAGUUAGGAAAUUUGAAGUUAGGAAAUUUGGAUGUAAGAAAGGAAAAUUUUGUGUGUGUGUUUUCAGAUGGUGUUUAGACAUGGCCGCGUGCAAACUAAAUCACGCAUGCAAAUCAUGUGGCAAAUGUAAAGCUAAGCAAGCUAAGCAAUUGUUCGAGGGCGAAAGUUGUGCCCUAUCUUAUAACAGUGAUGACGAUUGGUUCGAAUAAAAUAAAAUACAAUAUCGUCUAAUUCGUCUAAUAUAUCGUCGUUAACAACUACCCUAUGACUAUCAAUCCAGGAUAUUUGCACAUCAUCUUUGUCGUGUGUAAGCAAAAAAUCACUAACAAAACCCUCUAUAUUUUUUUGCAUCUUCCUGUGUCCAUAUAAAGCACCAUAUACACAAGAUGUUUGCAUAUCAUCUAUAUCUUUAACAAUGUCGUACGCGAGCAUAUCACUAACAAAGUCCUCUAUAUUUUCUUUCAUCUUCCCACGACCGUAUGAACCGUUUGCGCGUACGGGCGCGCAUACACGUUCUUCUUGCAAAAAUAUAUUUAUGGUUACAUCGAUUACCCCUCUUGGUAUCACCCCCGCGCGUAAUCGUAACCAUAAUACUUUAAAAUCAUAGUCUGCAUCUUGUCGGGCGAAUUAUAACUGCAACGCAAAGUUACAAAUGCGUCGAUUUUUUUACACAGGGUUCGUGCAUGUAUUACGGGUUUUCCUUUGUAGCUAGUCAUUAUUGUAGGGUCAAAACGCAUAGUGUCUAAGGAGAAACAAUAAAUCGGGUGUCACUAACACGCCACAAUCUCUCGCAAUUUGUUGAAAAAGUUUCACGCAACACGUGUCCCCUAACAACUGCGCCAACAAUACUUCGCGGGACAACGAGUCUAUAAAAUGCUGCUGCGUAGUCGAUGUCAUUACAUCUCGGGGGUUGAAAUGCAUUGAAAAUGGUUCAAGUGCAUCUGCAAAUUUUAUCACACCGUCUUUUGAAACACAUAUAAAACCUUUAUACCGUGUAUGAGACAGUUGUUCGAACAUAAAUACAGACAACCGAUGUACGCCAUCUUCUGAAAAGCAACCGGGACUAUUCAAGCAAAUCACGUGCUCGAUAUUUUGUAAACAGCAACCGUGCAGAUGGAAAUUCGUUCUAUACCCUAUUGAUAAGGGAUCUAUAACCCGAAUCUCGUAGUCAGAUUGAAAAAAGAAAGCGUUAAUACUUGCGCUAUGCGAAAGAAUAUAAUCUUCCAUACCUUUAAAAUUCUUCGCUUUCUCCUGGAAACCAAUCGGUUACAGUGCUCGAAUAAUAACUGUGUUGAGGUAGUUCGUGUAUUGUACAAUUUGUCAACAAUGAAACCAACACGUCGCGAAUAAUUCUCACACCCUCCUGUGUCUCGGUUAUAAACAAUGUUGUAUAAAACACGCAUAAUAUCAAUACAACUAGGUUACCCACAGGGCAGUAAUGCUGCCUUUGACAGCAAAAGACAAACUACAGGGUGUUGAACGAGUCCUUCAGAAACAUCCUAUUUUUGUCCUUUCUCUGAUAGCCGCUAAGCAGGCUAUUGUUAUCCUUGUUAACCCAUUUGUUGACAGUACGGCCCUACCACUGACUGAGUAUUAAAAAUCGUCUGGCGUUGGACAGGGUAAAUACUAAAGUAAUUACUGUGCUGAUGGAUUAACAAGAGACAUUGGCAGAUAGGUUUGUUAACCCAUUUACUGGCAGUACCCUGUACCCCUGACGAGUAAAAUUUUCUGGCGCUGGACAAGGGACUGGCGCAUUGCCAGCUAAUGGGUUAAACCACCGUGGUUAAACAUAAGAUUUGAUGCUCCAGCAAAUGUAAACAAACUAUCAGUGUGACAUCCCAGUUUAUAUAUUUACUGUAUAUACUCGGAAUAUUGAUUUCUCGGUAAAUACAAAAUUAUUUUAAAGUAUAACAACCAGCGAAGAUGUAAGCCACUAACUACCCUGCGCGGCUGCGCGCAGACUAUAUAAUGACAUAUAUAUGUUAUCCGUCCGGUCCGUCCGUCGCCAUCCGUCCAUCCGUCCGUCAUUCAUCCGUCCGUCCGUAUCCGCAUUUUAUCGUAACUCGUUUUUCAAACACAAAAGUGCGGUUCGUCAUGAUCAACAUUUUCAAAAGCGGCCAAUUAGACCAGGGGUUAAAGGGCAAUGACAAUGACAUGCAGGUGACAUUUAACAUUGCGUCUCACUAAUUAAAAUUUGCGUGUUUAUUAGUAAUGUUUAUCAAAGAAAGCAAAAAUAUAUACAAGACAAUCUCACAUGUGAAAUUUUUUCACUUACGUACUGCCUUGUGAUGCAGUACAAUUAUAAACACCAAAUGACAAAGCACUUGUAAAUCCUAAAACAUAAUUAAAUCAUACGGCACAUUCAAGAUUUUAAUAUCGUAUUUCAGCCGCGCGUUUAUUGCUGGGCGCAUUCGCUGCGCUAUAUUCAUUUAUAUACACAGAAAAGCAUGUCAUUGUCUUUGCGGACCAUAGGCAAAAAGCAUUCGUCAACCACAUACCAAAUUUAAGCAAUCGUUAAAUCAUAUACAUGUCAGGGAAAGAAUAUGAAAAUAAUGUUGAAUGAAAGCUAGCAUCGCGUAUAAUGUUAAAAGCACCGCAUAUAGUGCUCGAACCACUGCGUAUAAUUGCAAAAGCACCGCGUAUAUAAAUGGUGAAAGCACCGCGUAUAAUGCUGGAACCACAGCGUAUAAUGCGGGAACCACCGCGUAUAAUGGCGAAAGCACCGUGUAUAAUGCCGAAAGCACCGCCGUAUAAUGCUAAAAGCACCCAACAAAAUGCCAUUUGAUCACUUUAAGCCAGCUAUGGCUUUCCAUAAAAGAAGACCAAAGAUGAAAGAUGAUCACAUUGCCUGUUUGCCUUAUGCUUGACCGCGCUGCACCACGGUUAAAAUUCACUGGUACCGUCAUGCAAUGCGCCAAAUAGAAAAUUUUGAUAUCGACCCACAAAACAAAAUUAGGAUCUGCUGCCUUGCUCGCUCGCUUCAGGCUCGCUCGCUGCGGCAGCAAUAAUAACGUCACAACGACCCUGACAUUGACUCGUACAUUCCUCACCUUGACCAUGAUUCUGAAAACAAACACAUAAUUACCCAUAUUUGGUCAAUACUACCUUGACCAUGAUUUUAAAGACAAACACAUAAUUACCCAUAUUUGGUCAAUACUACCUUGACCAUGAUUUUAAAGACAAACACAUAAUUACCCAUAUUUGGUCAAUACUACCUUGUCCAUAAUUUUGAAAACAAACACAUAAUUACCCAUAUUUGGUCAUACGCGUCGCAUAGGUGUUUAAAACAUACCCAUAUUAGGUAAUCGUAUCUCAGGGGAUGUUAAAAAAUGUUACAACCCGAUCCACACUUGGAUAAUUGCGACUCAUACUCUCGUUAUCAAUAUUACACCGACGUGUAUCAUAAUCAUUCUGCACGCAACAAGUUUACGAGAUGGAUCAAUUUGCACGCUUUGUGGACUAUUUGGGUUUUUCUCUAACCGACGAGAAUUAUUCCGCGUACCAAGAUUUAUUUCACAGUUUUCAACAAUUUUGCAACGUAAAUCCAAAUAUUUCACAGGAAUUACAAUUUAUACGCUGGCAACAUCAAUACUCGGCUGUUACAAAACCCUCACCGACUGUACCCCUUCUUCGACCUGACCCAAUCCACCUUCCCACGAAACUGGCAACAUUACCCGGUCAGACUUGCUUUACUACCUUUACGCUGCUAGAACAACCCGCUACAACGCCGCACACCUCACCACGCGCAAACAUGGUUGUGAAAAAUAAAUCCGACACGCCGAUGACGGUUGACCAAAACGUGCUUAAUACAACCCUCCUUGAAGUCUUAAACGAAUCUAGUGAAGAAGAUAAUCAAAUACUCGUAAACUCGGAACCCAUACAAGAACAGCAUGAAAUUACAAACAUUAUCUUGGGUCUUGAUGAAUCUCAACCGAACACCACAAAAACAGACGGUUGCGGUUAUGGUCUUGGUAAAAAUAUCACAAUGUUACGAGACGAACAUGAACAACGACAACACAAAAAAAACAAACGACAACGACGCACAAAAACAGGUGUUCGAGGAUCGGGCAGACCCACCAACGAUGAAAGCAUCAUGCGUGUAGCCAACGACGCGUCCGAAGAUGUCAAAGCCGAAGCCGCAUUGGCGCUAAAGGAAUUACGCGCAUUGACUUCUACGGGUGCCAUACGCAAAAAAAUGCCGAUAUACACCAAACACCCCGACGACAUCAAGUGUUUCGCUAUAAAACAUUAUAGCAGCUUUGAAUUUAUUGCCGACCGGCGAAAAAAAUCAUUAGAAAAAAUCAAAAAACACCGUGACAUUCUACAACAUUUGAACAAUCUAGAAAUGAACAUGUUACCCUAUAUCGAACAAAACAAUACAUUUUAAAUUUCACUUUACCCUAUAUGUUAGUAAAUCACUAUCUAUUAAAAAUAAAACUUUGUAAAUUAUUAAAAAAGAUGAAUAAAAUAUUAUGAUGUAACAUAAAACAUUGUUAUAUCGAAUUUCGCUUUUAAAAAAUACGUCACAUUUCCCGUGACGUCACUUCCGUCGCACCCCAUAAAGUCGCGCGCCAAUUUCAAACCCGCUCAUUACGGUCGACCAAGGCUUCGGCGCCGCAGCUCGCCCGCGCAUGCCCAACGCACACCACGCAAGCGCACGGCGCCCGACCACGCCCUGGACCACACCCAAAAAAAGUCCCCCCCGUCCGGGAACACUUUUUUCGACUCUUUUUUCAGCAUCACCCGACUCUUUUACAAUACUAUCUUAUAGUAAAAUGAAAAAAUUCCCACACCCCCCAAUAAAAAAGUGGUCCUUUUUCCGUAUUACUACUGGUUAAACAUAACUUAAAUUGUUUGUGAUGUUACUCUAAGUGUGCAUCCACAGUGGGCAAGCUCAGGUACACUCGGGUACCUGAGUACAUAACACACACACAAAAUAAUCAUAUCAUAGAAUACACUGAUAUCGAAGGAACUAGACUCAGUUCCGAAAUAUCAUCAACUCGAACCGACUUGACCACGUAACUCAGUUGGCAGAGCAUUGGACUAGUAUCCCAAAGGUCGCGGGUUCGAUUCCCACCGUGCCCAAGCUAACUUUUCAGCUUGCCCGGUGUGGAUGCACACUCAGAGUAACAUCACAAACAUCAUAUUAACCUGAGUACAUGUACACACAAAAUAAUAACUUUAAUUUCUACCAUGUAUACGAAGGUGAUGUAGAUUUAUAAUUAAAUCUUACGGCUUAAUGCAGCACGAAAUAGUGGAGAAGCGCUGUCUAUAUUGCUUUCUUGUUGGUUUCAUUUAUCAAAAAAAUGUGUUAAAUAAACAUCUUUUAAAAUUGGAGAUUUGACUAGCCUAAAAACUAAAACUUGGCUGGACAAUGUCCGAUGACCGGCACUAAUUUGCAGGCCUGGCCAUGAGAUGAUUAAUCGGAAAAAGUAAUCGGCCAUUUCGAAAUUGUAAAAAAAUAAUCGGCCGUUGCUAUACUUACUUUGGCAGCGAUCUCCUUUGUAUCCCAAUUUACACGUGCAAUGAUAUCCAUCAUCCAUUUCUGUGCAAAUAGCUUCGUUAUUGCAUGGGUUAGGAACACACGAGUCUUUUACUGAAGGAGCAAAGAUUAAAAUAUUAAAUUGAAAUUUAGGAACAUGCCAUAUAUAAAAACCUAGAAAUCGCGUCAUUAAUGUAGACUUCGUGUAGUACACAAGCACUCACAUCUUGUAACAAGUCUGCCAACAAGCCGUCAAUAAGUUGUGUUCGCACUGCUUGUCCCAAGUUGUCAACAAGUUUGGAACAAGCUGUGAACAACAUGUAGUAAUAAGUUCUUUGUAUGUUUGCAUGGCGAUAAAACAUAUAAUAGUUUUGUUUGUGGAAACACCACAUAAAUUUUAUUACUGCAAAGAUUUCGAUCCGUAAGCCCGGAUCUUCAUCAGUGCUAAUAAUAUGUCAUAUUAUUAGCACUGAUGAAGAUCCGGGCUUACGGAUCGAAAGCUAUGCAGUAAUAAAUUUACGUGGUGUUUCCACAAACAUGUAGUAACCUUGUUGAUAUUAUCAAAGUUGUUCCAACAAGUCUGAUACAGUCAUGAUUUUACAAUAUUGUUACAACCUUGUGUGGCCAACCUUGUAACAUUUUUGUCAUAUCAUCACUGUAUCAGACUUGUUAGAACAACCUUGUAACAAGUCUGAUAAUGCCAUCAAGCUUGUUAAUUACAAGUUGUUAUCAGCUUGCUCCAAACUUACUAGAACGACUAUACAGUGCGUAAAAACGCACAAGUUGUUACAGGUCUGCAAACAAGUUGCUACAAACCUGUUCACAAGCUGUCGACAAGUUGUGUUCGUACUGCUUGUUCCUAGUUGUUGUAACACGUUUGGAACAAGCUUUUAACAACUUGUAAGAAGCUUGAUGGCAUUAACAGGUUGUUCUAACACGUCUGACACAGUCAUGAUAUAACAGGAAUGUUACAAGGUUGACGAAACAAGGUUGUAACAAUAUUGUUAUAUCAUGACUGUAUCGGACUUGUCGGAACAACCUUGCAACAAGUCUGAUAAUAUCAACAAGGUUGUUACAAGUAGUUAGCAGCUUGUUGCAAACUUGUUGAAAAAUAGCAAUAAGCAGUGCGAACACAACUUGUCGACAUCUUGCGAACAGAUUUGUAACUACUUGUUUGCAGACCUGUAACAACUUGUGCGUUUUUAAUUGUAUACGAUAAGACAAGCACAAAUUUAUCCACUCACUAUAUUGGAACAAAAAUCAGUAAAACUGCAAGUCCCAAAAUAUCAACACUUACAUUCACAAGCUUUUCCCUUCGAUCCGAUUGCACAUGUGCACGUGAAAUCUCCUUGACCGAGUUCAGUACAAGUCCCAGCAUCCUUGCAGGGGUUGUCCAAACAAGCUCGCUUGACUAAACAGAAAAAUAAUAAAUGUAUUUAUAGAUGAAGGUAGAAGACCGCAAGCUUACAAUACUCUUAAUGACUCUACAAGUAUUAGCUAAAUGGGGUUUCGUUGGCGCAGGCAACAGAGCAAACGCCUUUCAAUUUUUAGUUCGUGGGUUCGAUUCUCGCUAUGGACUCAUGUGAAAAGAGUCAGUCAACGCUCUGCCGAAAGUCGUGGAUUUUCUCUGGGCGCUCCGGUUUCCUCCCACAGGGAAAUUGACAGGGUGAGUCAGCCUAAAAAUGUGGGACGUUUUUUUGCACUGUAUGCAAUAUUUCACAAAACAAUGUUAGCUACAUGAACUCACAUUUUCACAUUGGGGCUCGUGAUUGUAUUUGUAAAAGGCAGAAGACAUGAGUUAUGAAUAAAAACAAACUAGUUCGUGAUUACUUUUUAAUAUUGUGACGUCAUCACUAAUUAAAUUAAAGUAUCGGUAUAUUAGUAUUGGUUUCGACUAACAUCGUGGUAUCGGACUUAGUUUCGUAUCGAAUUGAAAAAGCCGGUAAGAAUGAAUGUAAUAUCGUCAUUGACAAACUCAUUUUUGUUGACUUCUUUACUACCACAGUUUUGGGAUAUGAUGUCAUUAGACGAAUUGCAAAUGAUGUUUGACAUGGCUUUUGCUACUAAAAUCCAUCUAAUUGCAUCACAGCAAAUGACUUUGACAGUGAAUAAGUUGUCCAAAAUGAUUUUCGUACCAUAUAAAGAUGCAUUACAUUUCUUCUUAAAAUGGUCCAACCCUUACACAUUCCAAAACUCACAUUUGGUGUUAGUAGGACUUCGAUAAUGAACAAAACAUUUUUCGCUUACAUUCACAAUGUUGGCCAAUGAACUGUUCAGGACAGUCGCAAUAAAAUCCAUGUCUGGUUCUGACGCACACGCCGCCAUGAUAACAAACAUGAUGUAGACACGCUCCUGGAAAAAAAACGAAAUAGACAUUUACACUGCCAUGGAAAUGUACGAGGAUAAAGCGAAUGGGUUAUUUUUCCUUGGAUCAAUACUUUCAUAAAAAGGAGACAAGAAUAGGCAAUUCAGUAAGGAGUAAAAGAAGUUUGGAGAAAAGUGCAAAUAAUUAUCAUAAAAAAAUUGCAAAACUUUUUAUCAAAUUUUGUAUGAAAUUUUGUCUUAGACUUAUUCGAAAUUGGUUCUCCUUUAUACUCUUCCAAAGUUGUUAUGUCUUGAUCUUUGCAACUUAUUCUUCAGAAAGACAAUUUCUGAAUGGGUGACCAACAAAUACAUCCAUAGCCAUUUUCAUAUUUUGAGCCGUACAUACAGCUAUUUCAAUUAAGGUUGUCCCCGAGCAAAGCAGAAAAGUCGAAUACGAACGCGAAAGCUUGAAUUGUUUUAGAAAGCUUGAAUUUUUAAUUGAAUUUUUUUAGCGAUUCCAAGCAAGCCUUUCGCGUUCGUAUUCGACUUUUCCGCUUUGCUCGAGGACAACCUUAACUGAAAUAGCUGUAUAUACGAACUAAUUGAACAACACAUAACAUUGACUUUGCGAACGACGUGACCAAAAGUCACCUUCAAUUUGAAGGCAUCUCAAUUAAGAUGGCACACAAUUAUGAAUAAAGAUGCGUGAUAUGAUCCGCUUGGACAAAUAAGAGAUCGAGUUUACUUGACGCUACAUGGGAAGAGUUUGGAACUGAUAAAGCUAUAUCCAGUAUCAAUAAAGUUAGUAUAACCUGUACGAAGGCCAGAUUUGGGAAACGUUACAAAUGGGCGUGGAAUUAAACCGGCAGACGGCAUCACAGACGGUAAUCCAUAAAUAUAUUGUCUUUUUGCAUUCCUCUCUGGAACAUUCCUUGAUUUACUGAAUUCCUGCGAUUCUCUCUGCGCAGGCUGUUUUACAGUACGUCGUUUUCCAUCGGCAUCGAGUUUAAUAGCUUUCCCCGUUGGUUUCUUAAUCGUUUGACCGAUAUCGUCUUUCCGUUUAAAAGUGUUAAAUGUUUUGUCCAAAUCUUCGGCCAAUCUUGAAUCGCUUUUCAACGUAUCACUUGUAAUCUUCGAAGUCUUGUGUGGUGAAUCUAUCUUGUGAUGUAUUCCCGUGGAUUUCUCGAUGCAUAUCAAGAGAACAAACCAGACAAUAGCGACAAACAAUCCAUUGGAAAUGCACAUGUUUCCCCCGGAUUACGAAACCAACACUACAUGACAGCCCCGAUAACAAAUUCAAAGAUUUUUCUUAAAUCGGUUUAACUGUUCUACAUUUCUCUACUUGGAAUAUAGAUAUUGUCCGUUAUCAGGAAUUAAUGCGAUUUUUCCAAAAUCAGCGUUGCGUUUAAAUUUACCUGCAGCUGUUGCUAUCACUAUAGUUAUUUGUCCAUGGAUACCCAUAGGGUUCCUCGUGGGUCCCUUAUUUCCAUUCUACGUCUGAUCUACGUCCAAAACCAUAGAAAUAUUUCUUGUACACUUGUCAGGUUUUCCUUGGCGGCAGUACACACGAACAAAUUUUCCUUGACUAGCUUUGGAACAAGGUUCCUUAAUAGGCAAAGGAAAAAUUGUAAAAAUAAAACCUGUCAAGGAAGAGUUGACCUCUGUACUAGGCCUUGCUGGACGUCUAGGGAUACUAGACGAGUGGAGGUUCAAAGAGUGGAGGUUCAAUCUGAGCUUCCCUUGAGUGUCAGUGCUGUUUUUGAAUAGCUGGAGGGUGAGUUGUCACAUAGUAAGGUACGAGACUUACGCCUGUAUUCUAAAAGCUCACUCACACUCACACUCAAUGAGUGGAGGUUCAAUCUGAGCUUCUCUUGAGUGUUAUUGCUGUUUUUGAAUAGCUAGAGGGUUAGUGUCGUACCUUACUAUGUGACUACUCACCCUCCAGCUAUUAUAAAAACAGCUAUGUCACUCAAGAAAAGCUCAGAUUGAACCUCCACUCAUUGAGUGUAAGUGCGAGUGAGCUUUUAUAAUACAGGCGUAACUCUCCAGCUAUUCAAAAACAGCACUGACACUCAAGGGAAGCUCAGAUUGACCCUCCACUCUUUGAAUGUGAGUGUGCUUUUAAAAUACAGGCGUACGGUAUAGAAAUGAUAAAGCUUUUCCUGUUGAAAGGCUGAUAUCAGCAGACUACUUUGAGAACAAGCAAACUUGUCAAGGAAAGCUUGUCAAUUACAGUUAAAUCUAAAUGCGUAUAAACUUGUCAAAUAAAGCAAAUUGGUUUGUCAGUUUCAGAUGCGACUGACAUGAACACAUAAUUAUUUUCAUGAAAUGUAGUAUGUCUCGUUUGAACUGUCAACGAUAAGUAGUUUAAACGAGAGAUACGAAUUAUCAUAAUUGGCGUAUUUUGCGCCGUAGUGUAUGUCUGAACUACUAAAAAUAAAAAGAUUAAAAAUCCUAAUUAAUUGUAAUUUCUAUUCAAUUACAUAAAUAAAAAACAUCAUAUCAUCAAAAUGUAGAAUUAAAAUAAAAACUAGGCAUUUAGAGUUCAAAAAACAAUUCCUAAAAUUUAAAAUCACAAUAUGGUUCAGUACGGCUUGUAUUUUCUUUUCAAAAUAAAAACAAUCUACUUUUACGCUUGGCUGAGUAAUCUAAUACAACGACAACUGGUUGUUGUAUAUAUUAUGAGUAUACAAGAAAAUAUUAAAAAAUGGACUUAAUAAUAUGAAUUUUGAAAGAAUAAAGAGCAAUUAUAAAGAAGAAAUGUAAUUAUUGUAACUUAUACAACGCUUGGAUUCUACAAAUUAUUUGGGAUGAAAGCGUGGAUUGUAUUGGUGAUAAUUUUUGUAGUUUACAGUACCGUUCACGCUUCGAAGGACAGCAAAAAACUUAAAUUAAAAUCGACUGUGAAGAAACUGGGAAAGCCUCGCAAUGCUAAAAGGAUACAUGAGAAUGUUUUGGGGGAUAGUAGCUCGAGAAUUGCACAAAAGGAUGCUUCCAAAUCGAUUAAAAAGAAGGAUUCUAAUGGUUACAACAGCAAGAAAGAUAGUAUAAGGUUAAUAAAAGGUAAACAGGGAAGCUUAAAUAAUAAGUUUAUGAAGUUGAAGCUGAAGUCAAAAUUGGCGACAAAAAAGAGCAGCCUUUCUUCAGGGAAGAGACAAAAUGUCUUCACAGAGGACCCAAGCCAGCAAAGACUCUUUCACAUCGACGAAACGGGGACAUUACAUCGACAUGAAGUUGGACCUGAGGAAUAUACUACACCAGAAGGAAAGACUGAGACGUUUAGUAAUGAUAGAUUAUUAACGGGGGGAAAUGUUGUGAAUCUUCGACCAUCGCAAGCUGCAGUAAUGGACGCCUCCACAAGGCAAAUGACCACCCCAGCCCUCUCAUCACCUAAGGAGAUAAGUUCAAGCAAUUUACCAGAAAUCCAGCAAGGCUCCCCCGUCGCAUUUGCUGUCCCGCCUCCAAUGCCCCCAAGUCCUCCUAGGCGAUACUAUCUCAUGACCUAUCACAGACCCUCAGAUCCCACCUCGCGUGAUCAGGUAAUGUACUGGCAGACAUUUUUGAAAGAGCAUAUUGUAGUAGGUUAAAGACCAGAUCAAAAGAGGGUGAGAGCGCAUGAGAGUUGGCAGUCACGUGAUCUUGGUUAGCUGUUCUUAAUGCUUUCCCAAUACUAUCAUGUAUUUUAUUUAAGUUAUAACAUAGUUGGAACACUCGUCAAACCUUUAUUGUGUUAAUCUGGAGCUUCAACUGUCCCCCGUGAUAAUACGUAACUCCCACCUCUCAUCAACUCGCAUCCUUGAAACAUUUUGUGAAAAACUUCGAGACGCACGAAUACCAUUUAAACACAAACACAUAAACAGUCUUCUUAAAGACAAAGAAGCUGAUCUGACUGUCAGUGUUACUACAGGAAGAAACCUUAACUAAACCGACUUUACUCAUACUGGAUAGCUCUAUCCGUUCUAAAAUGGUCUCCCUAAAGGUCCAAUAAUGGCCAACAACAAGGUCCAUUACAAACAAUCUUUCCCAACUUUUUCCCACUUGUGCAAUAAAUAUAUUAAUGAUUCUGUACCUAUCUAGGCACCAAGUAACGUUCCCAGUCGGUUGCCAAGGUUACAACGCGUGUUCAUUCAUCGAUCACCUUUCCCCGGUCCAUUUCCAAGCUUCGGUAACAACCCAGUACCCUACAGUAUACCUUAUCCACCAAAUAUUCCCCAUAAUCCUGUAGCAUUCCCAUUUCCCAUACCGAAUCCCCCUAGGAUCCAGAAAGUUCCCUAUCCUGUCCCAGUUCCCAUGCAAGCUCCUCCUCAAAUACAAAUUCAAAAGGUAGGACGAACUACAAGUUGAAUAUAAUCCUAAAUAAAAAAAGGUCUUGACAAAAUUCCAAAUCUUCCCAUGCUAUCAAGGAGAUUGAAUGCUACUUUUCCUUGGGUAUGCGGAUUGAAUAACCAACACUAAAAGUAUCUUUUUCAAACAUGAGAUUUUGCAAUCACGCGUCUUUGGCUAGCUCUUCUUUAUGCUUUCCCAGCAGUAUUAUGUAUUUUAUUUUAUUUAAAAUAGAACACUUAUUAAACCUUUAUUUUGUUAAUCUGGAGCUUGAAAUGUCGCCUGUAACAAAUUCCUCACUACCAACUACCACUCUCGUUUGACCGGGCUUUUAUUUACAAAAAUGUUGAAUGUUAAAGGUGCCAGUCCCCGUUCCACAGCCAAUUCCUGUACCAGAAGUGCACAAGAUACCAGUUCCUGUACCAGUACCAGUACAGACACCACCACAGAUCCGUAUCCAGAAAGUACCAGUCCCAAUUCCCCAACCGAUCCCGAUACCGCAACCAAUACCUUAUCCUCGUAUGCCUAUGAGAGGAUUUAUGGGACCACGUCCAAUUAUUCCUGGUACGAAUUGACUAAAUACGAUUCCAUAAAAUAAUGUACCAUAGCCACCUAGACAUACCAUAUAAUGUUAUAUCACAUCAUACCAUACCAUACCAUACCACGAUCUCUCUCUCUCACAAGUCCCAGAAGAAGUCAGUAAAUUUCAGCAGAUGUGAAACCACCGUUACCCCAUAUCAUACGAUACCAUAUACAAAGCCAUACCAUACCAUACACCAUACCACACCAAAUCAUACCAUACCAUAUACCAUAGUCCACACAAUAUCAUAUUAGGGAUACACUAAAAAGGAUCUCUCUCGAUGUUUAGUUCCAGUAGGUCUGAGUGAAUGUGAAACGAAUCCAUGCAGAAACGGAGGCACGUGUUACUCAGUGGAUGACAUCCAGUCUUACAGAUGUCACUGUGCUUCUGGCUUCAAAGGAAUACACUGUGAAGGUAAAGUUUACAUGGCGCUGAACACAAAGGAAAGGGAGAGGGGGGAGGAGAAAGGGUACAGCGCUUCAACGCAACUCUGAGAGAGCACAUGAAUAAAGACAUCAUUAAAUCCAAUCUUAGAGAUGUUACUGUGCUUGUACUGUACUUGCUGUCACUGUACUAAGAGAAGGGGGAGAAAGGGCGGCAAUACAGCGCUUCAACGCACCCCUGGGAGCACACAUACAUAAAGAUUUCAUGAAAUCCAGCCUUACAGAUUUGACUGUGCGUCGGGCUUCUAAAGAAGAUACUAUGAAAGUAAAGUUUACAUAGUACUGAACACUAAUGGAAGGGGGAGAGAAGGGAUGGUACAUGCACAUCGACAUCAUGAAACCUACCCUUAAGUCCGGUUUCAUAUUCAAAGUUUCUGUGAUCACAGUAGGAAUUUUGCAUAGGUAAAUUCUAAGUUUUGAAGGAUUUGUAAGAAAUGUUUGAGAAAACUGACUCAGCGUUUAAUAGUGACUCAUCUUGCUCAAACAUUUCAUACAAAUCAUUCAAAACUUAACUAUGCAAAAUUCCUACUGUGUUCACAGAAACUUUGAUAGUGGGCUUUACACACGUAAAUAUGCUUCAGGGAUCACAAAAAAUACAUUGUGAAGGUUGAACUUCAAUCGCAUUUUAAUCUAUAACAUUCUGCGUGAUAUAGAUACAAGUAAAUGUCAUCCGAACCCAUGUGAAAACUUCGGAGAAUGUACAGUACUUCAGAGUGGAUAUGAAUGCAGUUGCAAGAGAGGAUUUCGAGGAACAAGAUGCGAGGGUAAGGCAUUUCAGAAAUUUAUUUCAAAAAAAUGGGAGAUCCUGUGCCUAGUUUUAGUAACAAAUCUCGACCAUAUUUGCUCAACCUAUUUCCCAUACAUGUUCAACUUAUUUAUUAUUUUGCAGAGACUUUGAUAAUUCAUUUUCACAAAUGCUUAAUUUUUCAGUUCGAGACCAAUGUCACCCCAGCCCAUGUAGAAACGGGGCAAGCUGUACGUCAGUUGGAAAUAAAUAUGCCUGUAGCUGUAUCUAUGGUUUUAUUGGGAGAAACUGUGAAGGUAUGUGAAUCUGGUGAUCAAACUGGUGAAUCCGGUGAUUAAACCAGCAAUUUCGUGAAGAUGGUUUAAGUUUGUUUAAGUAAAUGAACAUGGCUGUAGUUGUAUCUUUGGUUAUACCGGGGGAAAACUGUGAUGGUAGGAAAUAAUUAUUUUAAAGUUCGAACACUUGUUUCGAGACAGACCCAUUUAACAAUAUGAAAUAGGUCGAAGACCAUUUAAGUUUAUAAGUUGACGGUAUUAUAAUAUCAGUUGAUGGUGAAUCGGGUGAUCAAACUGGUGAAUCAGGUGAUCAAACUGAUAAUUGUGAUGGUGAAUAUGAUGACUGCAACAUUAAUUUGUACAAAGUUUCUUUCGAAGAGAUUUAUCUUAACCUCAAAUCAUUCUACUCUAUGUGUGAUGAUAUAUAUGGUCGAUCCCAUCUCAUUCGCAUAUAUAAAUAGUGCUUCCAGUUUCAAUGUACCAAAUAACCCUAGGCUGAAGCUUUAGGGAAAACGGUUCAGUACUGACACAGCUAAUUUGCUUUAGUUCUAAGUAUCCAAAACUUACUGCACAUACAAUUCAAGCUAAUCUGGUUAAUAACACAAUAUUCUAACCUAUUUUUCUUUUCCAUGUAGUGGAAUCGAAAUGUUUUCCUCUGAAUCCUUGCAAGCAUGGAGGAGUUUGCCAUGAGGAUGACAGAAGUUAUAAAUGUACUUGUACUGCAGGAUGGGCCGGCAUCAGUUGUGAAAGUAAGGGAAAAUAUUUUUUACCAUUUUGUUAUUCAUAAAUACAUUCGAAAAUACAUUCGGUUAAACAAUAUGUUAGAAGCAAAUUUGAAACUCAUAUUAUAGAAUUGAAUACUAACAAAAGUUUAAUGGACAACUUGCAUGUCAGACUAAAUUCCAAUCUAAGUAAAGAGAAGGGAAUCAAACACCACAGCUACAAAUUGAAAAAUUUGGUUGCGAAGUGUUGUAAAGCUUGCAAAAUAUAGUCUUGCACAUAUAGUCACAAAAUAUGCAAACUUCGCAAGGCUAUAUUUUCCGUAUUUUACAACAUUUCGUAACCAAAUUUUGCAAUUUUAACAAGUUCUUUACAGGAAUUUACUUUCUUUGCCCAGAUCAAAAAUUAGUCUAACAUGCAUGUAAGUUGUCCAUUACUAAUUCUAACAAUAUACUAACAAUAUUAAUAGUAACAAAAUAACCCAUCUCUCUAGUUCCAGACCCCUGUUCUCGCAAGCCGUGUUACCACGGCGGAGUUUGCCGAGGCAUGGGAACGAGUUUUAUAUGCUCUUGUCGAAUGGGAUACCUCGGAAAACGAUGUCAGAGUAUGUUUAAUAUUAACUAAUAUAAAUACUAAUAUCAAUAAUAAUACCACUAUAUGGACAUUUACUGAUGGUAUGUAGAAUUAAUAAAAACCACAUAUUGAUAAUAUACCAACAGAUUCACUAAUAUCAUACUAAUACAAAUAUUAUAUUAUGCUAAUACGAAUAUUCAUACAAAUAACAUAUUCAUACCAAUAACCAUAUUCAAAUCGAUAAUAAUACUAAUGCGGAUAACCAAGAGUUACUAAAAGUAACUUAUGUGGUGCGGUAAAAGAUAUUUUAAGCUUCUAUGUGUGGAAAUUUUUCCUUUUCAAUUUCCACCUUAUGUAAAUUAUAGUAAAAAUGACGACACCAAUAUUUUAACCGUCAUUUGUGGCAUUCUUUGUUCAUUUUUGGGCACUUUUUGUUUUAAAUAAAAGUAUCUCCUUACAGUUGAAUCUCAGUGUCACACAAGUAACCCAUGUCGCAAUGGAGGCACGUGUUGGGAACGUGAUUUGAAUGGUUACAGAUGUUACUGUAAUCGUAGGUGGACUGGGGAGCAUUGUGAGAGUAAGUGAAGUCAAUUAAUACCACGGUCUGCUCGUUUGUGGUUGUGUUUGUUUGUUUGUGAUUGUGUUUGUUUGUUUGUGAUUGUGUUUGUUUGUUUGUUUGUGUUUGUUUGUGUUUGUUUGUUUGUUUGUUUGUUUGUGUUUGUUUGUGUUUGUUUGUGUUUGUUUGUGUUUGUUUGUGUUUGUUUGUGUUUGUUUGUUUGUGUUUGUUUGUUUGUGUUUGUUUGUUUGUUUGUUUGUGUUUGUUUGUUUGUUUGUGUUUGUUUGUUUGUUUGUUUGUGUUUGUUUGUUUGUUUGUUUGUUUGUUUGUGUUUGUGUUUGUUUGUGUUUGUUUGUUUGUUUGUUUGUGUUUGUUUGUUUGUUUGUUUGUUUGUUUGUUUGUUUGUUUGUUUGUUUGUUUGUUUGUUUGUUUGUUUGUUUGUUUGUUUGUUUGUUUGUUUGUUUGUUUGUUUGUUUGUUUGUACAGUGAACAUGAUCUGGAUGGAUAUAAAUGUUACUGCUGCAGAUGAUGUAAUUGAGAAAUUUUUUAUCAAGUGUCAAAUAAACUGAAAGUCUUGCUUUCGUUUAUCUUUCCUUACAGUUCCAUCGCACACAUCCUAUUAUUGAAUGUGAUGUUAAAGUUGGUGGGUCAAUUAGAAGAAGAAACAAUGCGAUCAGUCGAAAUAGUCAAAAGUUCUACAAAUCUUGGGGGUUUAAUUGUGGAAAUCAGAACUUAUUAGCAGAAACAAGCAUAGUUAUACGUCGCUAUUGAAACAUCCUUUUAGUAGUACAUCUCAUAGUUUACUUUGUAUAUUCUAAACAUGAACCGUGUAAAUUUGAUGUAUCACCUUUCUUAUUAAUUUUUGUAUUGGAAGAUGGUGUAAUUAAAGUUCUUACUAAAAAGUAGUAUAUACAAGCUUUGGAAACGGUUCUGAACUGUUCUAUUUAUGAUCUGGUAAAAUCUACAGUAUAGUACAAGAAUAACAUUUUGGAAUCAGAAUUAGCCGACAAAUAAACACUUAAGGACAAAUAUACAAAGACAAUUUACACUCAGACGUUUACAAAUAUUAAGAUUAUACUACAACAUCCUACUGAUUUACAAAAUUGCCGUGCGUGAGCCCGUAUCAUAUGGAAAAUAGGUUGUCAAUUUCGCUUCUGAAAUGACUGGGAGAGCAUAUUGCUCGAACAUCUUGAGGCAACUCAUUCCACAACACCGCCCCGUUGUAAGCAAAACUUCGUUCACGAUAGUUCGUUCGCGGUUCACACAAAUAAGUGAUAUCACAGUUUCGCAAAUUGUAUCCUGUGCUGCGGAAUUCGAACAAUUCACGGUUCAUUAAUUGUUUUAAACAUCAAUAUAGCUUUAUGCUUUUUCCGGCGUGUUGAAAGACCAUCCCAACCCAGCUUAUUAAAAAGGUCGCUGGAACUAGCACGAGAUUUAGUGAUGAUCAUCGCUGCCCUAUUUUGCAAUUUUUGCAACUUAUCAUGAUUUAACGUAACAUUUAAACAAUUCCAAACUGAGCUACCUACCUAACUGGACCCCAGUAGCAGAGAUGAAAAGCACCACCUCUCUUUAAGGCUCGUUUUACACUUGCAAUUUUUGCUGCGAUUAUAGGUGCGAUUUUCUUCUUCUGACGCAUGUGAACGAGUGCAUAGGUUAUGAAUGUUCAGAAGAGAUCAUUGAACUAUAAAUAAACUGGAAGGCUAACUGCUAUGAUGAAGGCCUAUGAUUUGAUGAAGCCAAAAUAGUUUUUCUGAGUUAUGAGCAGAAAUACUUGACCCCAAACGUCGUGCUAUAUAUCAAAUUGAAGCUAUUGAAAAUUGCUAUUUGGUGUGGAAAUUCCACGACUUCAGCGAAAAGAAAAAUAUUUUAAAAAUACAAAAACAACUGCAAAACGGCAAAUUAUCGGUAAUUAUGUUUGUAAUUUUUUGAUAUUUCCCUUUUAGCUAAAGUCUUGAAAUUUCUACACCAAAUAGCGUUUUUCAAUAGCUUCAAUUUGAUAUAUAGCCCAACGUUCAGUGUUGAGUAUUUCUGCUCAUAACUCAGAAAAACUAAAAUGCACUGGCUUCAAUUCCCCCCCCUGAGUUAGCCUUCCAGUUUAUUUAUAGUUCAAUGGAAGAGAUGUAUACACUCAAAACCUUCAUAACUCAUCUACUCGUUUAGAUACAUCAGAAUAAGAACAUCUCAGAAGAAAGUGUAAACGGGCCUUUAUAGACUGCAUGCUACAUACAUUGUUCUGAUAAGCUAGAAAAGCCAACUACAUCGCCGAUCCCAUGAGAUUAAAACUCCCAUAAUCUUAAUGGCCCGGUCAAAUGAGGACGAGAAUUGAUUAAAGUUGGCAAGCGAGAGUUUGCAUGAGGGUUUUCUCAACGAGAACAAGACUUGCAUGGGAAUUGAUGAGAGUGGACUGGAUAUUACCGACCAAACCAGCAAAAAUUUUCAUCAACUCUUAUCAAAAUUUGAACCGGCUCAAAGCUCAAAGUUGAUGGUAGUUGAUGAAAGUACAUGAGAAUCGAUGAGAAUUAACGGUGAAACGUGACCAACAGUUGCAAAACGCUCAUCAACGCCAUGUAUACGGCUAUCACAACCAAUAAUUUUAUAGAUCAUUAAUAUAUAAUCAUAUAUACUUGUAAAUAUACUGUCAGUAGUAUUCAAGAGUCAUAUACAACUUCACACGAACUAAUUUAGCCAAAAUACUAGGAUUCACAAAGCGUUCAAAAAUCAAACAGCAAAACCAUCUCAACCGUUUAAAUUUCAGUCAAGUUUACCGGUACCAAAGCGUCUGUGCUGUAAAGCGUCAAAUCUUGCGACCGCUAUACUAAAUAUCUGAUUGAGAACUGCUUAAAAAAUUACCAAUUAUAUACGUUUUUAUCAGCGGUUUCUGAAAGUAUAAUUCAAAUUAUUCAUCCAAUUGAAAAAGAGGAGAGUUCGGCGUGAAAUAUGUGAGAAGGCCGAGAUUGGACUUCAAUAUGCCACGCAAAUUUGUGGGAAUACGUUUCGAAAACUUUACUGUAAUCAAACAAGCUGGUUGCUGUAUUUAGCAUUGUAUUCGAAGGAAGGAAAAGAAUAUUUGAAUAUUUCUCAAAGAUGGGGAAGAUUUUUUUGUUGUUUGUCUUAGUUGUAAUUUGUGUCCAUUUUGAAAUCAACGGUGUUUAUGGAAAAUCGAGCAAGCUUGUAAAUAAACAUGAAAGUGAAAUUGGGAGCAAGUCGAAGAAAAAUGUGAAUAUGAAUAGUGGCCCAAAGACAAGUGACACUAGCACACAGGUGAAGAAUAGUAUCAACGUUAAUGAGAAUAAAAACCGAGGGUUAGAAAAUUUAGAUGAAAAUGCAAACGAUGGAAAGCGGAUAAGUCCAACGAUUAUGCAAGAAGAUACAAUUACCACCGAAGAUUACUUGAAGACUUUAACUUCUACAGAGCCGAUAAAAGUUUCAAAACACAGCGAGUCGAAUUCAAGGCAGUCAGAUUCAACUGCGGCGGAAAAUGUCAAAGUAAAAAGUGAAAUUAACAAAAAUGAUAACGAAAGGAAUGAUAUUUCAACACAAACGGAAAAGGUGGAAGACGAAAAGAUCGAACAGAAAAAAUCCAAAAUCGAAACUCCUAAGGAAACGAAGGAAAAUUUGAGUACUCGUAAAAGCGAAGAUAAAACAUCGAAAUCCAAAGUCGAAAAAACCACGAAUUCUUCGAAACGUGAAACUACACGUCCAGGAAACAGCAAAAAGAAAGAUUCCCAGAAUAAUAACGCGGACAAAAUAGACAAGGAUCUCACAAAAACUAAAAACACAAUAGAGCAUGCAAAACAUAAAAUUGACAAGCCUCACAAUUCUGAGUCGAAAGGCCAAACGAAAGCGUCUGUUAGUCAUCCACAUUCAAAAACCAAAUCCCAACCGUUAAAAACUGAACGAGCAAGCCUUAUCAAAACUGAAAAUAAAACACUGGAUAACGGGAAAACGAAAAAGAAAGCUAAGAAACUUUUAGUUUCGUUUUUCCAUAGCGAAUUGGAUGACGAGGAACAUGCGCACGAAAAGAAAACGCACGUUGGAAAAGAAAACAAACACGGUAAACAGAGCUCGCAAGUUGAAUUGCCAAAUAGCGGCACGCAACUUGCUAAAGAAGAGCACGAAAAGAAAACGCAGAUUCUAAAAGAAAACGAAAACGGUAAACAGAGCUCGCAAGUUGAGUUAUCGAAAAGCGGCACGCAACACGCUAAAGGAGAACACGAAAAGAAAACGCACGUUAUGAUGGAAAACGAACAUGGUGAAAAGAGCACGCAGGUUAAUAUACCACAUAUCGGCGCGCAACACGCAGAAGGAAAGCACGAAAAGAAAACGCACGUUAUGGUGGAAAACGAACACGAUGAACAGAGCACGCAGGAUACACCACGAACCCACACAAAAGACGAAAAAUCGACGCUCGCGGAAUUUUCGGAUACGUUGUAUAAGCGAACAGGAUUACAAACACAACCCCAGGUGACAAAUCAAAAUAAUAAAGUCAUCGAAGUUGCUUUACCGUCCGGACCACAUGCGGAAGACCCACAACAUAUAAGACUUAGCAAUGCGCCGACACAUGUACUAUAUAAACCUGUACAUAAAUAUUACCCUGCUAUACAUCGCUAUAUGACCAAACCUAUUCAUCGCUAUUUAAAGAAACCGGUAGAUCUGAGCAGCCUCAACCCCCCGCUACGGAGGCAAGAAUUUACUUCUACCCCUCAAGUGAAAGAGUUCGCCAACACCCCUGUGAUUCAGCACAAUAUUGGAAUCCCCAAAGUUGUUGCUAACAACCUUGCCUCUGUUGCCGGGAGGUUAGGAGACAAAGGGUCAGGACUCCAAGUGAAACAGUACGCCUCCCCUCCUGGACGGGAUGUUCAAGCCGGUAUUGGACAGUCGAUUCCAGGGAGAUUGGUCAACGAUCAAACACCAACACUUCAAGCUAAGCACUACGGUACAAGUCCAAGGAUUGUGCCAGGGGGGUUUGCCCAUGAUCGUCAUAUACUCCCGGGGGGUGCAGCACAUGUAGGACCAGUUAGGAUAUUUACUCAACUGCCGCCAAGAAUUCAACCAGUCUUGAUGCAUCCACACAGAUUGUCGCCAACAGGUUAGUGGCAGAAAAUGGUAAGAUACUUAAACCACUAAAAUUCUCCCUUUUUCCCACCCAUUUAAAAAUAGUGUGGAGGGGACUUUACCUUUUCGAGAAUAAAAAGAUUUCCUGGGAUUACAGUCGAAUCACAUUUUCUUAUUUCCGUAGGGUAACCUCUUCAGUGAUGCAUCACUGGUAUCAACGAGGGUCCUUUCUCGUUCACCUAUCUUUCACUUAAUAUAAAUAUGGACAUGACAAUGUUUCAAUGGCUGGGAAACAAUGUUUCCUGGUUCGUCCACCUUUGGGAAACAUGGCUAGAAAACAAAUUUGUUUCCCAAAUUUGCGAUUCGAAUCAUUGUCUCGUUUACUUAUCUUUCACUUAAUAAAUAUAAACAUGACACUGCAGCUUCAAUAAGUUUAGGACAAAUUAUUCCUGGUUUGCCCACCUUUGGGAACAUGAUGAGGAAACAAUGUUCCCUGGUUUGUCCACCUUUGGGAAACAUGGUUAGGAAACAAUGUAUUCUGGUUUACCCUGAGCCUAAAAAGAUGCUUGUAGAUUCCCAAGAUCAGAAUAUAUACUCAAACGGGACAUUGUUAGGAAACAGAACAAAAAUCGUUUUGUACAAUGAAGCAAUACUUCAAUGAUAGUUGCAUUCAAUCGCUCAAACAGCUAGUAUGCGCAUCAAAGAGGAUAUGAAGAAACGAGAAGUGGAAAGUACUUAAAAGGUCUUAAAAGUAAAAGACAAAACAGGAAAUAAAUUCCUUUUCUCCUGCAGGUUUUGGCCCCUGUAGUACGAAUCCUUGCAAGAACGGCGCGAUGUGCAGCACUGUCAAUGACCAAGCAAUGUGCGUCUGUAAACCUGGCUUCAGAGGAAAAUUUUGUGAAUGUAAGUAUACGGAAUAUUUUUCAAUUGGUGUGCUUGAGAGGGUGUGCAUAAGCUUUCUCAAUGUUUUUCUCAUUACGUAUAUUUUUGUCUACAUUUAUGCAAAAAAACGGUCGGUUCAUUGUCACGUGUGCAUUGUAUUUUCGCUCGUCCAAUCAAAAGCAGUGUGUUGGUUUGAUUACCCAGAUAUUACACAAUGUAAAUGAAAACAUAGCUAUUGGUUGCUCUGGUGAAAAUACAAUACACACGUGACGAUGAAACGACCAUUUCUUGCAAGAACUAAGACAAAAAUAUAGACAAUGAGGUAUAUUAUGCCUGCAUCGAGUUUCAUAAACUUAUUCUAUUGACCAGGGGCGUAGGAAGCUUCUAAAAGUUGGGGGGGGGGCAGGCUCUGAGGGGCACUUUUCGGAAAAAAAGGACAUCUAAAAAUUUUUUCCCGGAAAUGUUGGCGACGGGGGGGGGGGAGGAGGUCAUCUUAAAAAAAAAUUUCGGACAUACCAAAAAAAAUUUUCCGGAUAUACCACAUUUUUUCCUAAAUACGAAAAAAAUUUUCCGAAAUUAAAAAAUUUUUCCGGAAAUAACAUAGAUUCAAGUCUUUCCCCUUUCGAAAGGCGCAAAAAGUGCAAUCUCAAGGAAAAUUUUUCACGCAAAAAAAGGGCACUUUGCUCCCGGAAAAAGGGCACUUGGCAAAACUUGGGGGGGCCUGCCCCCCUGGCUCCUACGCCCCUGCUAUUGACUAUGUGAUGAUCAAAGGAUGCCAUCCCAACCCCUGCCACAACUAUACACGACUCUGUAACUAAGCUGUAUUCAAGUAAAAAUAUUAUAUCAAAGCAAUGAACACACCAACUGAAUAACGUAUUCACAGUUGCAUCUCACUUCUUCUCAAACUACUUCAGUGGCCAACAGAUGCCAUCCAAAUCCCUGCCACAACUACGGGGCGUGUACUGAAGUUGAACGAGAUUUUGAAUGCAGCUGUAAGAAAGGACACCGAGGAAAGAGAUGUGAACGUAAGAGAAAUCUUUUAAUUUGUUAUAAAGAUGUAGAGAUUUCCGAUCCUCGCGGCAAAGGUAUUUUUCACAUGUAACAUCUGUCGUUUCAGCGUUUUGAUUGGCUAGUGCUUUCGCGCUCAUAACAUGACGCCAGGUUUCACUGAACGUAGACCAACUCUGGGGCAUUGACUCGCCUAAACUCGCUGCGGUUUAAGGCGAGUUUAGGCGGUUUAUGGCGAGUUAAGCAUGACUUAUAUCUAAGCAUGAAUUCUAUUUAAACUAUUAUAAAGCAAUUAGACCAUUAUUCUUUCAAAAGCCAUUAAAGCGUCAGGCGAAUGAUAUAGAAAACCGUUCGUUGUGUUUCUUGUAUUGUUCGAAACGUCGCAAUUGCGUGCUCAUAUUCAACAACAACAGUUUUGUCAUAAUUUCUUACUUUGUUUUCAGUUGAGAACAAAUGUGAACCUAACCCAUGUUUGAACGGUGCUACAUGUUCAGAAAGUGAAGAUGACUAUGUUUGUACCUGUCGUGAGGGUUUCCUGGGUCACAGCUGUGAAGGUAUGGAAAUCUUGUUCUUUAAUUUCUGUAACUAUCUAGAAGAUCAAACAAAGAGAAUGAUAUCAGCGUUAACUUCAUCCCUAUAUUCAUCUCAAACCCAGCAAUGUGCUUUUCGUCUCUGGGAAUUCAAUGUCUUAAUUAGAAGAUGAACAGAUAACCUUAUUAUUCAUUUGAAUAGUAAGGUUAUCUGUUCAUCUAACUAACAAUUUAGCAAUCAUUUUUAUCUGUCUUGCAAUGAAUACGUCACGUAUGCAAGCAUAGAAUAGAUCAAAGAUAACUUAUCAUUAGAUUUAAUGUACGUGCAGUGAAUAACUCAAACAUAACUCUAAUGCAUAGUAUCUGUGUUGUUUUAUAUGCUUUCAUUAACUGGAAUAAAAUUAAAAUAUUAACUAGAAAUGCGAGUUAUCCAAAAUUGUAAUCAAUGUUUCCACUGCACUUUGGUGAAGAUGAAAUUCAGAGAUAUUUCCAGGUCUUUCGAGGACGUUUAUUUCUUGAGGUUACGGCUUAGGCCCUAUUUCUUUUAUACUUUUAGAUAAUAAUAAAAGGGAUAAAAACCAACACAAAACUAUAGGAAACACUUUUUAUUCAUAUUCUCUUCACAGCUGAAUCAAAAUGCAACCCCAUCAAUCCUUGCAAGAACGGUGCAACGUGUCGGGAAGCGCGCGACACAUACAAAUGUUUCUGUCGAGAUGGAUUUGGAGGGUAUAACUGUGAAGGUAAUGGAUAUUGAUGUAUACGAGAUCACCCCUAUGACCUUAAAUUUACAGCUCAAAUAUUAAUAGGUUAUAGUAGCAAUAAAUCUUAAGAAAUAGUAGUCUAGUUCCACAGAAUCAUGUACCAAGUCGCUCAUUAAAAUUUCUAGUACGGAAUGAAAGCAAAAAUAAUUGCUAAUUUGAACAGAUAUAUCUGGGAUUACGAAUCGAAAGAUUUACAAAUGAAUAAACGUGUUGUGUUCCAAACAACAAAAUUAAAUUUAUUGCCAUGCAAAUGUACCUAGACUUAAAAAUACUUAUUUUUAGCUCGUAUCAGACGUAAUAUCUGCCUACCCAACCCAUGUCAAAAUGGAGGAUUUUGUACGAUCACGGGCACGAGUACUGGGAACUACACUUGCAGUUGUGCUGCUGGCUGGAAAGGGGGGAACUGUGUAGGUAUGUCCACUGAUCUGAAACAAUACUGGAUAGUGCAGCCUCAGUAUUCCUUUAAGCCAUGUUCAAUACCCCACGAACAUUUGUUAGAAAAUGCGGGCUGAGAGUUGCGCGGAAGCGUGCGAGCAGAAGCGAGGCUGGCAAGAUAAUAGGAGACAACUUUUAGUAUUCGUCAGAGAAUAGUUUAAAAGUGGAGUAGAAUUAUAUACAACUCAGUCUCAUGUAAGAUGAGCAGGGUUUUUUCAGGGAUUUUUUAGGACCGUAAAACGGGCCCAAAAACUCAAUCUUGAAUUGAGUUUUGAAACUCAAUCUUCUCACCAAAAGAUUCUGUGCAGUAAAAAACUUUGAGUUAAAUUCAUGACGUGUGCAAAUUAGUUUUCAGUUGAAAACCCGAAAAUUAAGUAAACAAUGGCUGGAAUUCAUUUCACAACACAAGAAAAAUAAUGCAUUGACCGUCUUUAACCAGUUUAUAGUGUCCCUCAGUGCCCCUGCUUUAACACAUUGCAGCUCAACAACACUAAAGUGGGUACAGGUUUCAGCCUGGGACAGUCGCCUCAAGACCCCCAGCUGUUCAGCUAAACUCAAUCUUCUCUGCAAAAACGGACCCAAGAGAAAAUCCUGAAAAAAACCCUGACGAGUGCUUCUGCUUUGCACCACAGGACAUAACUUGUUUAUUCCUGGAGUUAAUAUUGGAUUGCAGCCAAAAAUGGAUGAACAUUACUGGACCUCAAACAGUGAAGAACAGUUAAACUGAUAGAGCUAUCUAGUAUAAAUAAAGCUAAUUUAUUUUAGGUUUCAUCCAGAGAUAACUGUGGACCAAUAAGAGACGACCCUUACUGGAUCUCUAGGGGAACAGUUUAGAACUGUUAGAGCUAUCCAGUACAAAUAAAGUUAGUUUAGUUUAGAUUUCCACCAGAGGUAACUAUGGACCAAUACGAAAUUGCCCUUACUGAACCUCUGGGAGAACAGUUUGGAACUGGUAGAGCUAUCCAGUAUAAAUAAAGUUACUUUAGUUAGUCUUCAAUAAUAUCAAUGAAUAAUUUUCAGAGAAAGUUGACAACUGGGGACACAGUGCUGGACCAACGAUAUGCGCAUCAAUCAAUCCAUGUAUGUUUGGCGGGAAAUGUACGCCAGUUAGUUACUAUGACUACACCUGCACAUGCCCGAAAGGACGAGGAGGUGCUCACUGCGAACGUAAGUAUAUCUGGGUGCAAACGAAUGGACCCUUUACACAACACUUAGCAUAAAGGCCGCUUUACACUAACAAAGUUCCUGUGAUCACAGUAGGAAUUUUGCAUAGGUAAAAGUUUUGAGGGAUUUUUAAGAGAUUUCUUACACAUCCUUCAAAACCUAGAAUUUACCUAUGCAAAAUUCUUACUGUGAUCACAGAAACUUCGAUAGUGUAAACUAUCUUUACGGAUUGUAUAUUCUCAGCAAUAUGUCAUUAACUUAUUCUAUGUGUAUUUAUAUAAGAAAUCAAACAUCCGAAAUUUGUGAGCAGUUGCAGUCAUUGUCAUGCAUAUGCAAGAUGUCUUGAUGGUCAUUGUUCUUGCAAGGAAGGCUAUGCGGGAGAUGGCAAGAACUGUGAGCCUGGUAAGGAUAUGUGAGGAUAUGUAAUGACAUGUAAGGGUAGGUAAUUGUAGGUAAGAAUAUGUAAGGAUACAUAGCAUUAUGUAAGGAUAUGGUGAGAUUUGCAAGAUGUCAAAUGGUCAUUGUUCUUGUAAAGGUUAUAUAGGAGAUGGAAAAAACUGUGAACCUACACAAGAACUUCCAAGUAAGGAUAUAUAAGGGAUAUAUAAGAUACUGAAAUUCACUUAAAUACUUUUUGUUUUUCUUUCCAUCAGUUCAACAAUUUUGUCAUCCUAACCCAUGUUACAACGGGGGCACGUGCCGGCAAUCAACCAAUCAAAAACGAUCACUAUCUGGCGGAAAACCAUGGUGGUGCGAAUGUUCAACCGGUUAUAUGGGACCACACUGUCAAGGUGAUACCAUCUAAUGCUGAUAAGAAAUUUUAGAUUUUAUUGUGAAUCAUCACAACUAUCAUUAUCACCACUGUCCACUGUCUUUAUACUCAUAUUCUCAAUCAAAUGAUCAAAUUUAAUAUCUAGAGAUGGACUUAUGUUUGAUGAGAUUGUGUCAAAAUGGCGGGACUUGCCUGAGCGUUAAAGGACAAACAAAAUGUCUGUGUCCACCGACUUACCGUGGGAAAUACUGUCAAGGUUAGUAGCACGCAAGUGAAUGUUUGGCAGUAAAAAUGUGGUUCGGUCGGUCGGUUGUCAGCCGUCCACCUUGUGAUUUUUCUGUUUGUCUUUAGAGAAGAACGUUUGUCAUGGAAAUCCUUGUAAAAAUGGAGGAUUAUGCAAAGCUGUUGAAGGAGUCGCAAAAUGUUCAUGUCCAGAAGCAUAUGACGGAGCACUCUGUCAACGUAUGUAUAUAACAUAUAUAUAUUUUGAACUGUAACAACAUUGGAGCAAUACAAAACGAGCAUACUAGACCUCAAGCAAGAACGGUUUGGAACUGAUGGAGUUAAAUCCAAUAUGAAGGGAUCGAAUGAGAUUCCCCAAAUCCUGAUAUUACACAUACACAGUCCAUUAGCUUCACCUUCAAACAAUCAUUAAUAAUUCAUAAGCCUAUUGGCAAAUCCUGUCAACCAUAAUAUGUCACGUGCAGUGGCUUUAAACCUGAUAAAACACUCCUAAUUAGCAUUCUUUAUAUAUAAGAAUACUAAUAAGGCAGUAUAUCUAUUGAAUUUGUAGUCGUGUUUGAAGCCGUUUAAAAAACUCGCAGGUCGAGUUUUAUUAGGUCUAAAGCCACUCGCGCUGCGCGCCCGUAGCUUUAAACCUAAUAAAACACUCCUGCUCGUUUAUUAAACAGUACUUAGUAUAUAUAUACAUGAACUUGUGGUUAGAGCUCGACAACUGUCUCUCUGUAGCUCAGUCGGUUACCGAGCGCUGCACCGAAUUCACAGGGUCACAGGUUCGAUUCCUGUCGAAGGGCCAAUGCUCCAUCGAAAUCUCCACCUACAUAUCCCUUCAACAAUUAGUUAUGUCGAGUGAAGUGCCAAAACCCUGAUAUUUAAUUUAGUUUCUCCCAGAGUCGCAUUUUCAAAACAACACAAGACAUUGGAGGAUUUGGUUCUUAAAAAUGUUUAAACUUUGAGUUUAGCAUGGCAAUAUCAGUGAUUUCAUAAUGCUCAAAACAUUUUUAGACUCGAAAUGUUCUAAAUGUGAUCGGUAUGCAAGUUGUGUCAAAGGAGAUUGUGUUUGCAACGAUGACUAUAUUGGAGAUGGACUGACAUGUCGUAAGAAAAUUACAAGUACGUUUUUGAUAUUUCAAACGUGGGGUUCAAGUGCAGGUAGGGGGUCCAGUGCAGCUACAUAAGCUGCUGCGGUUUGUAUCUGAAUGACCUAAACCAGAUAUCUCACACCUGGGGGUUACAACACAGCUGGCUAAGAAAGUAUCCUGAGGAAGGGCUUUUGCUAGAAAUAUAGAAAUGAUUGUGUUUUCUUCAUAGAGUUCAGAUACGUACAAACCAAACAAUUCAAUUGGGCUUUCUCGCACCAUUUGACCAGGCUUUGUCCGCCAUCUUUAGGUGGCAAAUCGCAUGGCAUAAAUAGACAGCAACGAGCGAAGGAUUGAAUUUGGUACAGUAGAAACACAGUACUAUUGUAUAUAAGUACUAUUCACUUCACUAAAUAACUGCUUCACUUGUUGUCAUCCUUUAUUGAUGCGCAGUUUGCCACCCAAAAAAGCAGACAAAGCCAGGUCAUGACAUGAGAAAGGAAAUUUACAUAAAUAAUACUUUUCCUGUAUUUGUACACUAACAAAACCAAAGAAUUAGUAGCAUCCUUGAGUCUAUUCUAAUUAUGUGUUUAGACCAGCGUUUUCACAUAUUUUUCUAAUGCACUUUGACACAAUAGGUCCCCCUGAAGUCGUUCCUCCAACUCUAGCCCCUGCUUCUCCCCCACAAUCAUCACCACCACCACCGCCACCGCCACCACCUCCAGUUCACAAGUUCUGCGACUCUAACCCCUGUGCAAGUGGUGCGACCUGCCUCGAAGCUAUGGAAACAUAUUUCUGUAAAUGUCCAGAGAACAAGUUUGGGAAAAAUUGUGAUCAAACACCAAAAGUGAUAGGUAUGAAUAGGACUUCUGUACUGCUCUUGUUAUUUGAAGAGGAAAGAAUAUUAAUGGGAAAAUAUCCAUCAUCCAACCAUCACCACCAUGAAUCACCAUCAUCACCAGUGUGUAUCAUUAUCACUACCAUAACAGCACCAUAGUCGUCAUUCUAUUGACCACCAUAUUCAUUACCAUUACCACCACCAUCAUAACAACUACCACCACAUCAAAACCACAAACAUUCUUCGAUUCUAACCCUUGUGUGGUAAGCAGUUUGAUGAAAUUAAAACAAAAACAAUACGUAUGAAUAGCUAGAGCCAUCAAUUCGUAAGGUAGAGUAUUUACAGUAAUUUCAGCAGUAUCAGCAUGAUCUUCUUCAUCUAGCAGUAUCACCAUGAUCGUCAUUCACAUGUUAAUAACCAUACAUUAUAAAACAACUAUCAUCAUCAAAAAAAAAAUCAUAACUAUCAUCAUCAUCAAUACCAUUGAUGUCAUAAUACCAUCACCACCAUUAUCAUCAUCACCACUACUGUCAUUACCAGCACCAUAAAAAACCAUCACCAAAAGCAUGGUAACCUUCCUAGCUCACUUAUAUGAGUUACAACCAAGUCACUUUCAAAUCGUUUCCCUGAGCAGCUCUGCCAGACACAAGCAGACAAUAAUAUACUUGGUUUUAGAAUGAAGUUGCUCGAUAUUUUUCAGCCGACCUUUGUUCAAAAUGCGAUAUUGAUGCGACAUGUAAGGAUGGAAGAUGUGUUUGCAAUGAAGGUUUUAAUGGAAAUGGAUUUACUUGCAGAAAGUCAACAUCGGCAGUCGCAGAUAUUUCUACAGUCAGCACACCACAUAGUAAGAAGUCUUUUUUUGUUAUAAACUGAAAUUAACUUUAUUUAUACUCGACAGCUCUAUCAGCUUUAAAACUACUUUCCAUAGAAGUACAGUAAGGCCUCAUUAUUAGCCCGAAGGAAAUCUGCUGUGUUACAGUGCUUUUUCUCCACCACAAACACUCUUCUCUAAUGGGACAACGAUAAAAUUAUAAUCAUUAAACUUCACGUUGUGGGAAUCUAACCCCUGUCACACAGAUAGUGCUAAAAUAUACCGAUGUAACGAAGAUCGUCUCAGUAUCGUUAUUGUAACGCCGUUAUUUUUUAAUUCAGAGACAGAUUCGUCAUGUGACUUCUGCCCGGAGAAUGGUCAGUGUCUGGAUAAUAUUUGUGUGUGCCCGCCAGGUUUUGAAAACGUGAAGCGAUCAUGUGUAGGUAAGCAUGCGCAAAAUGCAACUUUGCAGAGUUAAAUAUAACAUCAGUGAGCGUGCUACCCAAAUCACAUUUUCAGAAAUCACAUCCCUAUUUACCACUGUUCUGAUAAUGUAAGGAUAGAAUGAAAUAAAGGUAACAAAGAAUUAACCACUAACCCCAAAUAUUUUUUGUACACUAACCGUUAAUAAUUGGAUAUUCUAAGAGGAACUUUGAUAUAUCUUUAUCAUGAAAAACCUCAUCUUGAUCAACUUGAUGUUGGAUGAGAUUGGAACAAAAUUGUUGGUAUGGUGUUUACAUAAUGGCCCUCUGUGAAUUUUUAUGGGCUUUCUUUGCAGCUAUAGACGUUCCAAGAGUGAGCAAUACCGUCCUAGCAAAAAUUAUGCCUCCAGGUAAAACAAGAAAAUACUAAUCCAAACUUAGAAAGAUUGUACCUAACUCUAGUCAUGUUAGCUAGUUCCCUGACUAAUGGAUAUUUAAUAAUUAGCCUAUAAAUGUAUGUGGAGAGGGUCACGAAGGGCAAAAUAGAAGCAGGGUUUUGCCUUUUUCUGUCGCUGGGAAAAUGUAAUUUGGCCUCAGGAAAUGAGAUAUUCCUGAACAAUUUGCUGCAGCUGGGAAUGCAAUUUGGCAAGUCAAUUUGUGGGUGAAUGCAAUUCAGACAAAAAACUGGAUUGAAUCCCCACCUUUAGGAGCCUCUAUAUUAACCAAAUAGAUUAACCAUGCAUAUCAACCAUAGACUAUACUAAAACAUAGAUUAACCAUAAUACUAACCUUACUAUAGGUGUUGAGUUGGUUGGUUCAAUAAGAAACCGAUUGCCUGUUGGCCAAUGGAAAGGUUCGUCUCUCAAAUCUAAAUAAGAAUCGAAUGUAUUCUUUCAAAAUGUUCCAAACCUGGCCAAUAUAUAUAGAACUAUAAAUAACUAGACCUAACAACUUCUAAUUACAAAAUUUAUAAUAAACUAGAAGGUUCUUGGAGACUUUCACCUUUUCACCUUCGCCAGUGAAUUGUAUAUUAUGUAUCUUGCAUCAAAAUUUAUUUUUUAUUUAACUAAUUCAUUAAUUUUUAGAUAAAUAUUUAAAAUCAAUAUUUUUUCAGAAAACAGUGUGGUAACAGAAUAUCAGAGUAUGGGCUGUUGGGCGGAUACAAAAGAGUGGCGCAACGCUAUCAUGAGAGCCAUUCAUUCGAUGGAAGGACUACAUCCCUCGCUCAACGACGACUAUAAGAGGCGUAGAAACCCAAUCACCAAGUGUGCCAAGGCCGCAAAGGCUUAUGGUUAUAAGGUAUUCGCCUUACAAAAUGGCGGCCAGUGUUUCACAGAUCCUAACGCUGGCAAGACAUAUACAACAUACGGUCCAUCUACGGCGUGUAGAUUUGGUGUCGGUGGUGCACUGGCUAACGACGUUUAUAGUUUGCCAUAA